AUGAGUCCUGUUGUUUCCUCUCUCUCCCCGUCAGCUUCAGCUCACAUGGAACUGCCGCGUCUUCCUCCUUUUGAUGCUGAGGAACAGGGGGAAAAAGUAACCGCCCACCUCCGUAUGCAUCAGCACCAACAACCGACACCCCCGAUAUCGCCGCCAGAAUGCGACGACACGCCCAAAUCACCACCUCAUACACCUCAUACACCACAACUCCUUCCGAAAUCCAAGCCACAUCAUGACUGGACCGAAGACUUGCCUCAAACCGACCAUGUCCACUUCUUCCGCCAAGUUGACUGGGCCAGCAGCGAGCUAGGGCCGCUGGAGCACUGGGACGAUACAUUGCGCGUCUUCAUAAGAUUUCUGUUCGCCGACUCACGAGCGGCGUGCAUUUGGUGGGGACCGUCUCUUGUAGCUAUCUACAAUGAAUCCUACCGCCCUCUCUCCGCAAACGCUCACCCGCAAUUGAUGGGAAGUGCCUUCAUCGACGGUUACCCCGAUCUCUGGGAUGGUAUCAAACCAUUCUUUGACACUGCCCGCACGAGCGGCGUUGGCGUCGAAUACUCGCCCGACUCGCCCUUGAUCGUAGAGAGACACGGAUAUCGUGAAGAGACCUACUUCAGUGGCAAUUUCAUCCCCAUCGGAAAUGGCCCCACGAACCAACCGCAGGGUUUCUACAACGUAUCCUUCGAGGUCACAGCCCCGCGCUUAUCCGACCGUCGUACCACCAUGUUGAACCGUCUCGCAUCUGUGCCCCACACCGGUAUUUCUUCCGCCUGCGAUCGCAUUCUCGAAACUCUCAAGACAAAUGGAGAGGAUAUUCCCUUAGCCAUACUAUACGAAGCAGACGAAUCGUCCGGGUCUACUGUAUUACGUCUGAAGGGUCAUAUCGGUCUGCCAAAAGGUCACAGCCUGCUAGUCGACAACCAAAAGAUUUCCAGCGAAGAAGGCUUGAUCCCUGAGUGCAGGCGUGCUGGUUUGGACACGGUAAUAAUCGAUUUCGACGACCGUUUCGGUUCCGUAUCGUGGGCUGGCUGGGGCUCACCUUCCAAAAAAAUUGCCAUAUCAACAAUCGCCAGUGGAACACGGGUGCUCGGUUAUCUUGUCGUGGGAACCAAUCCGUGCCGGCCGUAUGAUGACCCCUGUAAGCAAUUUAUCAAAGACAUGGGCCGUAUAGUCGCAAGCAUCUUCUCCAACGCUGUCGGAACCAGGGAGAUAGCCAUUCGACAAGAACAGCUAGAAAACGAUCUCGCAUUGAGUGACAUGAAAUUGCGACACUUGAUCGAACACGCUUCUGUGGGGAUGUGCCACUUAUCACUGGAUGGGUAUGUUGUAUGGGCAAACGAUCACUAUUACACACUCUCAGGCGUCAGUGCUGAAAGUCAUCAAACACCAUUUGCUUUCUUUGACGCCUAUGUCGAAGAGGACAGAAAGAAAGUAAUCGACCAGUGGAACAGCCUCCUCGCCGGAACGAACCAUAUCAGCGUCGAGCUGCGCCUGCAACGGCGCUACACAACACCUGUGGGAGAUAGUGAACAUGCCGAACUUCAAGUGCUUGCUUUCCCCUAUCGCGAGAAUGGGGAAGUCAAGUCUAUCAUGGCUUGUACGACUGAUAUCAGCAAAUUGAAGUUCUUUGGGACUUUUCAGGCCCGCUUAGCUGCAGAAGCGCGGGAGGCAAAACGACAACAGGAGGCCUUCAUCGAUGUAGUAUCGCAUGAGAUGCGAAAUCCUUUAUCUGCGAUUGUGCAUUGUGCUGAUGGCAUUGCCAUCGCAGUAGAGGAGUGCCGAUCCCAACUAUCAUCCAUACCUCAGCCUUGCUUGGACGCAAUUAACGACAAUCUAGCCUCCGCCAGAAUCAUAAUGCAGUGCGCCAAUCAUCAAAAACGCAUAAUCGACGACGUGCUCACUCUGAGCAAGCUCGACUCAAUGUUGCUGUCCAUAACACCGACUGUGGUGCGGCCUACGAGACUCGUCAAUUCGAUCCUGUCCAUAUUCGAGCCGGAGCUCAAAGCGAAUAAGAUCCGGUACAGGGUCGAUCCGACUGAAUCUCUAGAGAAUCUUGGUGUCGACUUCGUUCACCUUGACCCUUCAAGGGUGACACAAAUUUUCAUCAACUUAAUCACGAACGCCAUCAAAUUUGUGAAGACCUCUGCAGACCCGUCCAUUUCGGUCCGCUUCGGCGCUUGCACGAAAAAUCCGCGAAGUUUCUUCCCCGCAGGCACCUUUUGGGCUGCUAAGAAUAAAGAGCUAGAGGAUGUUACUACCAACCCUGAGUGGGGCAAUGGGGAAUCCAUAUAUCUCACUUUCGAAGUGAAGGAUUCUGGUAUAGGGCUGCAAGAGAGGGAAAUUCACAAGAUCUUUGAACGAUUUCGUCAAGCCAAUAUGAAGACGCAUGUCAAAUAUGGAGGCAGCGGACUGGGAUUGUUCAUUUCAAAGGAGCUGACAGAGAGACAAGGCGGUGAAAUUGGUGUGUCAUCGAUUCCUGGCCGAGGCUCGACCUUCGGGUUCUACGUAAAAGCCCGCCGGGUAAUAGCAAAGAGCCCGCAAAUGCUCAGCGAACUCUGCGAUAAAUCGGCUGGAAUGGAAGAAACGCCAAAGCAACUACAAGUAUUGUUAGUCGAAGACAACAUCAUCAAUCAGCAAGUACUUGGGAGACAAUUGAAGAAAACUGGCUGCAAUAUCGAUGUCGCAAACCAUGGUCUGGAAGCGCUGGAAAUGCUAGAGAAGAAGAUCUUUGACGUCGUCCUCAUGGAUCUCGAAAUGCCAGUCUUGAAUGGUUUAGCUGCUAUGCAGGAGAUUAGGAAGCGGGAGCUAGAAGGUGAAGGUCUGCUCGGUCAAGCCAUGCGAGACCGCAGUCGUGGCACAAAGCGAUUGCCGGUUAUCGCUGUCACAGCAAACGUGCGGCAGGAACAGAUUCAUACAGCAAUUGCUGCCGGAGCGGAUAGAGUGAUGCAAAAACCAUUCAAGGCCACAGAAUUGGUGUGCCUGAUGAAGGAUCUGGUUCCCAAUGUUGCAAUGCCGGGCGUCAAUGAGCGCAUGGAAGCCCUUUCUUUGACUUGA